CGGUUUCCCGUGACAAGCUAGCUCCCGCGCUGGUCGUAGGCCCUCGUCUCUGUUGCAUGCGCAUAUCUGCCGCAGCACUUUGAAAACUUCCUUCGCCAUUUGGAGACACUGGAAGAACAGAAACCCUCUGAAUAUCAUGGAAAGAUUGCCUGAGAUUCCCUCGAGUGUAUUGGAGAAACUCCCCCGAUUUUCUCGGCAAGCCACUGUCGCUGCCGACUCAACUGUGUAGAGUCCGGCGGUGAGCAAAUUGCCAAGCUGCUAGUUGUUUUUGAUAUUUCUGCUUUCCCUGCAUCGCGCAGUUCCUUAUCUCUUAGGGGUUUCUUCGGUGAGGAGAACUCCUUAAAAAGUCUUCCGUUUCAUGAAUCGCUCAUUUCACCGCAAGAUCUUUGAAACUUGACUCCGUCGUUACCCUAGUGCAGAAGUCACCUCGCCGGCACGGACUUCAUCUGAAAGCCGACGGUGUGUCGAUCUGCCGGACAUUUCCUAUUCGUUUCCGUUCUCUUUGUGUCCCACAGUUGAUGAGCUUCGUGAUCACGUGGUGAAUUUGUCAAAGUCUCUUUGUGGGCGCGAGAGGAAAACGACAACAGAACAGCAGCCCUCCGGUUCGGAGGUGGCUUUUGCCCUUUUUUUUUUUUCACGAGCCCGUCUCGUUUGUCAAAAUUCGUCGCUCGCUCCAUCUUGAACUACUCCGUGGAGCGGAGGAUCCACGUUUGCAUCUUCUUUUCUUCGUUACCUUCCAAUCCUCUGGAGAUCCGGCACAGUUACGUCUCUUACAGGUUUCCGCGUCGCGAACCGACGCCUCCGAUUUGUUUAAAAACAGCAGAGACACGUCGCCGCCACUCCCUUGAGCAACAUGCCGGGGAAAUCUUGUCGUUCUUCACAGCUCGCGGGGCCAGGACGGCUUCUGGAAGGCCGUUGAAGCAAUCGUUUUAUGCACGAGAGUUCCACAGAAUGCCUUCUCAACCUGAGUUUGUGGUUUCCGUCGUAAACGUCAACUUUUCUGAAAAUUCAGCCGCGAAAAAUUGGAAAUAUGUCGGUCAGCGCACUCUCUCCGUCUGACCUGGGUCUGUCAGGAAAACAAACAGAUAAGGAUACGCGUCUACCUCAGAACAGUCUCUUGUCUCAACGCUCCAAACGUCGCAUUCCACGUGGUUUUUCAUUCUCUUCUCCGAUUAUCUCUCCAAUGCUUCGGGAUGCGUCGCGCCGACGAGGGCAUCCACGUUCCAAAUUGCUUCUCUAAUUUACGUCUUCCUCGAUUCUCCUUUUAACGCUCCUCCUUCGGCUUCUCUCCACUUUUUCGUUUAAUCAGCGCCACUUGUCUCGUUCACUUGUGUCUCGUUCCAGCCUUUGUUCCCUCCCUUGUCCCUGCCUCUUGCUCAUUUUAUUUUGUCGUCCUCAUUGUUCUCCGUUUCUGUGUCGAGUACCACUGCCUCCUCGCCCUUCGAAGUGUUGUUCUCAAGUCAAUCAAAAUCCCCAUUUCCCCAUGGUUAUUCAGUGGCUGUGUUCCUCUCGUUCUCUGAAGAGGCCUUGUAGUGCACAGGCUGUGUUCGAUUGCCUCUUCAACGGUAUCUCCUUCCUGGAAUCAUCCCUAGAAUCCUCCGUUCCCCCUCCCUGCGCACGGCGAGCCUUUGCUCGACAAAGUUUCGCCAGUCGCUUCUCUAACAAGCCAUUCAGCUCGGCUGUUCCUCUUUAGACCGCCUGCCGCCAUGGCGCUCGUCUUGCGCCUGAUGGGCGGCGCCGCAGGCAUGGGAGCGAAAGCUGUUGGAGGCGCCUGCUGUGAACUGGGAAGCGCAUGUUUCCGACAAAUCACCAAGGGUCUGCCCCAUCCGACAGAAUGUGGCUGCUUAGGUUCUCUGUUUUUCUAUUUGGGGAUCCACGACCACCAAAAGUUCAACGUCCUCGUCGAAAUCCACGAGCUCGAUCGCGUCCCCAAAUCCUGUUCUCUCUACAUGACCAUCGAGGCGGGAAGAUGGAGCGCGACGUCUCAAGUCGUGAAGGUAAAAGGACAAGAUCAACGCGUGGUCGUCGAGGAGCGACUGAUGGUUCACAUUCGACAGGUGGAUAACGAGGUGAAGAUUUUCCUUUUCAAAAAGGGUCUGGUCAAGACGACGCGACUGGCCAACCUCGUGUUAAAAGUCAAAGAAGACAUGAUCGACAAAAAGUUCCCCAAACGAACCUGGUACAACAUGAAGGUGGAGAACGGCAAGUCACAGCCUCGAAUCAAUCUGUCUUUGCACAAACUAGAUCCAGGUUUGCCAACGAAUCAAUCGCCUCUCCUACAGCAGGCUAUGUUGAUUGCACAGCAAGAGGCAGAUGAAAAGGGAGAAGAACUUAAGCUGGACUUGGCCAAAAUGACAGCGAAAGAACGGCUGACGUUUUUCUCGCAAGUGCUGGAAGGCCCUCUGGAGAGACUCAAUGCAAACGGAGGCGCGUGCAUGCAGUUCUACUACAAAGCCGUCGAAGUGAAGCCAGAUCGCUGGGAGUGGUGCUACUGGGAGAGCGCCGCCGCGUGCAAGGAAGGCAAGGAGAAGGAAGGCAGCAUUCCGUUUCUGGCGAUCAGUCUCGUGCUUCCGGAUCGGAAAAACAGGAACGUCUUCUUCGUUCGCUACCACGACAAAGACAACCAACAUGACGUUUUCUUUCGUCGAGUAGACCGCGACAGGAACUUGUGGUCAGACGGUUUGUACGAAUUCAUCGAAAAACUUCGCGCGUAUCGCGAGACAUGUUCGACGCGAGUUCCCUCGCAGAAGGGCGCAGACGGAGAGGAGAAGAAGAAGAAGAAAAAGAGACGAGAAGACGGCGAAGAUUCUUCGGGUGGAAAGUCUCCCCGGAAGUCCGGGGGCAAGAAAUCGAGACGGCCUUCGACAUCUCCUCGAUUGGAUAUAUCGACUGCGCGGCGACUUCACAGCCCCCGUGCUCAGGUUCCGUCGAAAAGUCCCUGCGCGCAUCAGCAGAUGUAUGAGGAAGUGAUGAUCUCCACCCAGUCUUCUGUCGUCGGAGACGAAGAACCUCAAACGUAGUUUCUUUGAGUUUUUGCUUGAAAACAGUGGUGGACGUCUCGAGAUUCCUCGGCGCUGAAGCUUCCCGCGGCAGACACCCGUAGUCUGACGACGGCUUGCCAACGCGCCGAGCUGAAGUCUCCGUUCUGCGAGGAAGUCCGCCGCAUGGGGGGGGGCCUGUCGCGGCGCAUGGCAGCGCUCUUUCGCCGCUCGGAAACGUCCAGUUUGAGCUCCACAGAGCUCUGCGAUUUUUCCUCUACAGACGCGUCGUGCCGACAGCGUGGCGAAACGACCAGAUCUGUUUCGAGAUUCACUGCCAUUUUUCUCGAAAGGGGACUUUGAAUGCAGAGGACUGGCGGGGAAGCAAAGGGAGGAAAACCAACGCUUCUGUCAUUUCACACCAGGCAGGGAUUCUCUCUAGGAGAGGAGACACCAAUCCCUCAAAGAGGUUCGUGCUCUUCUUCAUUUCGUCAUAAACAGUAUCGAGGAUGCCCCCUCGUUGUGCAUUAUUUAAAAAACUGGGAAGGUGUCUGUUCCUUUCUGUCGUCAAACAACGGCGCUUUCCGGCGCGCACUGGUGUACUGACUCUACAGCAUCAAAGAACGUAUCGGUUUCGGUGUCUUCAAAUUCUGUACUCUUCCCCUCACACCAUUGCAGGCUCCUCUCUGUUCUGCAUUGCCAUACGCUGUACAACAGAUCCCUGCCGCGUUCCGUCGCAUUGUGCUUCUCUGGAUCUUCCCUCCAUUAACCUACACUGAUUUUGGGGCAUUCAGACGUAGAACUUAACGUACAUAUUUCUCCUUCUUCAGGCAGUGGACGAGCUCUUCUUAUCCCUGCAGGAGCGGCUUGGUUUGUAGUUGAACAGUUUCCUUUUUG